AUGGAGGAGGUGUCGGCAGCCCUAGCCAAAAUGCAUCCAGAACUCAUCUGUCUCGUCUGCCUGGACUACCUUAAUGACCCUGUCACCAUCGACUGCGGCCACAACUUCUGUGACUCCUGCAUCCGCAUGUCAUGGAAGGACUUGCAGAACACAUUCCCCUGUCCUGUGUGCCGGCAGGCCCACCAGGAGAGGCUUGUCAGUGCCAACGCCCAGCUGGGCAGGCUGCUGGACCUGGCCAAGCUCCUGCACAGAUCUGAGAGCAGCGAGAUGGCGUGGGCAGAGGAGCGCUGGUGUGAGGAGCACAGACAGGGAGUGAGUCUCUUCUGCGAGGAUGACCAGGAGCUGGUAUGUCCUCUGUGUGCCCAGGGCUCUGCCCACCAGGGCCACCACGUCAGGUUGGUGGCCGAGGCAGUGGCUCAUCACAGACAGAGGCUUGGUGACUAUAUCGAGUCCCUGAAGAAGCAGCUGGUAGAGGUGCACAAGCGAGAAGUCGCCCAAGAUAGAAACCUCCUGCAGCUGAGAGCAGACGUGGAAAAGCACAGGAGUCAGCUGGCCUCGGAAUUUGAGCAGCUCACCCAGUUUGUGGAGCGUGAGCAGGAGGUGGCACUCUGUAGGCUGGCAGAAGAGGACAAACGCCUGCAGCAGCAGCUCAGGGCCAACCUGGAGGCCUACUCGGACCACAUCUCGGAGCUGAAGAACCUCAGACGGGAGGUGGCGGAGCGAAGCGUGAUGUCGGAGGAGAUGGUGCUGAGGGGGGUGAGGGACCUACAGCAGCGCUGGGCGGGACUGCAGCCCCCAGCCGUGCAGCUCCUGCGCUUCAGGUCAGUGACCUACAGCCUCCCUCCUCUGUGCUCAGCACUCAACAGCAUCAUCCAGAGAUUCCGAGAGAGCAUCAGCCUGGACCCCGACACGGCCCACCCCAGCCUGCGCGUGUCCCAGGACCUCUAG